GGAGGAUUCAGAAGAGCCUCCUGUUACUUUCAGCUAGCGUUGACUAUUUAAGUUUUCUUUUUAAACUCGUGUCGUUAUACUGUAUACUGUAUUUUGACCAGGAAAUAUAUCUGAACUAAAUUGUGGUUAAGACAUUAAAACGGACUAUUUUCUCAAGGCUUCUGAAACAAUUGGGUUGGAGCAACAAUGAGAAAGGGCUCAACCAUUCAGAAGGUAGCUCUACCUGGUCCCAAGUCAAACAAAAAUAAGAAAAAGGAUGAGGAGGAGGCAGUGGAUGCCGGUGGUGGAUGGGACUCUUAUGGGAAAACACUUAUCAAGCCCCCAGAUCAACUGGAGCUCACCGAGGCGGAGCUGAAAGAGGAAAUCACAAGGACCCUGACUGCAAACAACCCACAUGCUCCUCGAAAUAUUGUCCACUACAGCUUCAAGGAACGUUCCUUCAAGGUUACCACCGCUGUGGAUCAGUUGGCUGUUCUCUUUGAGAUGGAAGGAAAUCUUGUGCACAUAGAUUCUAAUGAGGGUCGUAAACUGAGGGCCAAGGAGGGUCUCGCUAAUGAGCCGGCAACAGUCAAAACGGAAGCUGAAGCUGAUGAGGAGGAGCCGGAAAACCUGGCCAUACCUGAAGAGGGUGAAAGGGAUGUGGAGGAAGUGGGAGAAGAGGACAGACCAGACAGCGUUGCCUCCAAAACUGGGACGAAGGAGCAAAAAGCUAUUAACCAGUUCAACUUCAGCGAGAGGGCCUCCCAGACCCUCAACAACCCCCCCAGGGAAAUGAGCUGCCAGACUGAGCCUCCUCCACGCAGCAUCUUCGGUGCCACUGUUAGUCAGUGGGAGAUCUAUGAUGCCUAUGUAAUGGAGCUGCAGAAACUGGAGAAAAACAAAGAAAAGCAAAAAACUCCAACUUUGAAAAAAGAUGUUGACAAAAGCAAGAAUAGAACCAUGCUGAUGGAAACUGCGAACGAUGACAUCACCAAAGUAAGAAAAGGGGCCAAGAUCCUUGAACGAAUGGUCCAUCAGAAUACUUUUGAUGACCUAGCACAAGAUUUCAAAUACUUUGAGGAUGGAUCUGAUGAGUUCAGGGACCAGGAGGGCACUCUUCUCCCCUUGUGGAAGUUUCAGUAUGACAAAGCAAAAGGACUGUCUGUCACUGCCCUCUGCUGGAAUAAGAAAUAUCCGGACCUUUUUGCUGUGGGAAUGGGAUCGUACGACUUAAGUUACCAUGGGCGUGGCAUGCUCGUAUUCUACUCGUUGAAGAAUUCUGCCUUCCCAGAGUACAUCUACCCCACAGAUUCUGGGGUAAUGUGCCUGGACGUCCACGAGCAGCAUUCCUACCUCGCGGCGGUGGGCUUCAAAGACGGCUGCGUGGCCGUCUACAACCUGAAGAGGGAGGGAUCUGCGCCUGUGUACAAGAGCACAGCAAAGACUGGCAAGCACACAGACCCAGUCUGGCAGGUCCGGUGGCGGAAAAAUGACAUGGACAAUAAACACAUUUUCUGUUCUGUGUCAUCGGAUGGCCGAGUUGUUUCUUGGGCACUCGUCAAGAAUGAGCUGGUCUUUACAGACAUUAUCCGACUGUCUCUGGUGGGACCAGAAAGUGCACAGCAGCUUGGCAACUUGGCCUGUGGUACAUCGUUGGACUUCCAUAAACAGAUUGACUAUCUCUUCCUUGUGGGCACAGAAGAGGGCAAAAUACACAAGUGCUCCAAAACCUACUCAAGUAAGUACCUGGAGACGUAUGAAGCCCACACCACGGCAGUGGAUGCUGUAAAGUGGAACCACUUCCACCCGAAGGUCUUCAUCUCUUGCAGUUCAGACUGGACCAUCAAGAUCUGGGACCAUACCAUCAACACUCCAAUGUUCACAUUUGAUCUGAAAGUACCUGUUGGUGACGUUGCCUGGGCUCCAUACUCCUCCACUAUAUUUGCUGCUGUCACAACAGAUGGACAUGUUUAUGUCUUUGACCUUAACAUCAACAAAUAUGAGGAAAUCUGCAAGCAGGCAGUGGUGGCCAAAAAGAAGACCAAGCUGACUCACAUCGAGUUCAAUCCCAUCCAUCCUCUCCUCAUAGUGGGUGAUGACCGAGGCAAUGUCAUCAGCCUCAAACUCUCCCCUAACCUCCGCAAGAAACCAAAGGUCAAGAGGGGUCUGGAUCCACUGCCGAAUAAUGAAAGGGAAGAAGCCAAGAUGGAGAAGCUCCUCAGUCUGCUGAGGGAACCAGAGCAAAGCACAGCUUAGCGCUGCGCGUCGUUCGUUCUCGUUCAUUCAUUCAAAAAAGAAGAGAUCUAUUUCGUUUAGCAACAGUAAAACACCAUCAACAUAACAGCAAAUAUUUCUAUAUCUUUAUUAAAAAUGUUUUUUGUCUCAUGUCUAUAUGAUUCAGUUUGAUUAAUCAAUGCAUUAAUGCUGCAGUACGUAAUACAUUUUAAACAAGCCACAUUAGAAUUUCCAUUCUGCAGGAAUUUCUUCACCUAUUCUAUACUCUGCUAGCUAACAGGUUCAGGUUAGCCGAGCAUCUCAUGCGGCGCUUCGACGGCAGCCUUCUAAAACCUCAUCUAUGGGUACGACUCGCGGCAGUGUCCGACUUAAGUUUGGCUUCGUAUUUAUUCGUUCUUCUCUCGUAAUUGGCGAUGGUGGACGCUCCGCCGGUUGAGUGGGCAUUUCGGCUGCCACCUGAGGGCC